AAAUAAGUAGCUAUAAACGUUGAAGUAUUCUGGAUGAAGUAUUCAAAUUCAUGGAAUAAAUUUUAAAAAAACUAAUUUUACAGAUCAUAAACUAAAAGUUGUACUAUUUUCUGGGAGGAAAAAAUAAAUUAUUAAUAUUUCUAAAUGCUAAAAUACUGUAUGUAAAUAAACUUGUGUUAAACGCCCUUAUUAAGUGCAGUUUCAUACCCGAUUUGAUCAUUUAAUAAUGGGACUCUUGAGUGAUACCAAAAGUCGCAAGAAAUUAACUGAUGUUCUGAUUCAACACUACGAAAAACUCAUCAGUCUCAGUUUUAUAAUUGGAAUAGUAUGGUUUUGCUUAUUAGCUAGUGAUGUAUUUAAUAACAAAACGUACUUUUCAGAAAAUGCUCUGUUACCUGGCCUUGUUGUGCGGGAAUUCAAUCCUCGAUCAUCGCUGUCACGGCGAUUGGAUGCUUUGAAUGAAGAAAGCAAAUUGAAGUCUCCAUUUGUAUGGAUACAAGGACAGUUUCGUCAGUUAGGAUUGGAUGUUUAUCAGAAUAACUUUACUGUUCAGUAUCCUUUUGGAUCCCCCAAAUCUUUAUACAAAAAUAAAAAUUUCUAUGCCAUCUUGAGAGCACCCAAAGUUUCUAGCACAGAAGCUAUAGUGAUUUCAACUCCAUAUCGUGAUAACGAUAGCAUUCACCCCAACUGCUUUGCAUCCAUAGCCUUGAUGAUUGAGCUAGCUCAAGCAUUUAGGCAACAGACCUAUUGGAGCAAGGACAUCAUAUUUUUGAUCACACAGUUUGAGAACAUUGGUUUUCAAGCAUGGUUGGAUGCCUACCAUAGUGUUCAAACGUCAGACUACAUUAGAAGUGAAAAACUACCGAGCACCAGCGGGCCUCUUCAGGGAGUUAUCAAUCUGGAGAUCAGCGAUUAUCAUUUUUCUCAUCUAGAUGUCAAAAUCGAAGGAUUACACGGUCAGCUUCCAAACCUUGAUUUCUUUAAUUUAGUCAUCGAGCUCUGCGCUCGAGAGCAGAUUCCUACGACUUUUGAGGGCAGAUUCAACCACUAUUCUAUUAAAUCUGUCAAUAUGGAGGCUUGGUUAAACAAUUUCCUCACAAUGAGUAGCAUGAUGUCACUACAAGCGACUGGCUUACCGACAGGUGGACACGGUCUCUUUCAUCGCUUCGGAAUCCAAGCCUUGACCCUGAAAUCCGUCGAGGAAAAGAAAUCUGUUAAUCUCGUUCAGCUGGGCCGUGUUGUCGAAGGCACCGUCAGAAGUCUAAAUAACUUGCUCGAAAAAUUCCAUCAAUCUUUUUUCUUUUACCUGUUGCCUAGCACGAGGUCGUAUGUAUCCAUAGGCUUGUACAUGCCUCCUUUUGCAUUAAUAGCAGUGCCUAUUUUGCUGAAGGCUCUGUAUUUGUAUUUAAAUGGUCAUAAAUCAGAAUCAUUGUCAUGUAAAUUUAAUUAUUGGAUUGCAUUAGAUUCCUAUAUUUUUCACUUAAUGUGUGGAUUAAUUAUUUUUUUAGUUCCUAAUUAUAUUCACCAUGUAACACAUUACUUUCACAUUCCUACCUCUGAUUUGAUGUAUUAUACUCUAUUAAUACUCAUGUCUGUUUGGUUGAUAUUUGCAAGCAUUACAACACCAAAAGUAAUGAGUCAGAAAUUCGAAUAUAAAAUGUGCUUUACAUUGCUAAUGCUUGGUGGAUUUAUGUUUACUCUAGCACUCGUAAAUAUAUCUCUAGCUCUAGUGUUUACUAUUCUCUAUGUACCUAUUAGCAUCUCGCUUCAGUAUAAAGGUAAAUUGUCAGUUUUCCAAUACCUAAUUUUGCUUCUGAUUCAUCCAUUUGUUUUUAGUUAUCUGCUUAUUGUUGCCCAGUCCUACAUGCUGGAUAGUAAGUUGUCCUGGUGGAGCCACUUUGUUCGUGGAGUAGAUGGACAUAAAAAAGUUGUCCUCUUCACUAUGGAAGACAUGUUACUUUUUGGAAACUGGAAUUAUAAAAUUGUCUCCCUAAUCAUUCUUCCCCUGUGGCUAAACUUAUGGUCAUUGAAAAGCAUGGCCUCUCGUGUGGAAAACUAAAAAUGUAUAAAUCAUUGAAUUUGGGCCACUAUCUUUUCAGCUAAAGAGAUCUAGAUACAAAGAUUGUUUGAUAGAAUUUAUGAUUUUAAAAUAUUUAAAAAAAAAAAUUUUAAAUAACAUUUGUGCUUCUUUUCUAGAAAAAAUUACAUUUUCACAUUUACGGUAGAGCACAGUGAAAAUGCUUAAUUUUAUGUGUGAAAAGAAGAGUAUAAAUGUAAAACAUGGUGCGUAGCGUUUUUAAAAAUUCCUAAAGGUGCUUAUUUUCCAUUUUCGUUUUUAAAAGCCCUAAAAGGUGCUUUUUCCAUUGUUUUCAAAAAGUGCUUAAUUUUCCCUUUUCGAAAGCUCACAUUGUUCUAUUCAACAUUUUCACAAUCCAUUCAACCACUAUCUAUUUCUGCGUACCAUUGGUCCAUAGCUAAGAGAGCGCCAAUCAUUUUACAUGUUUGAUGAAUUACUUGCGAGUCCGCAUUUGCAUUGACAGAGCUUGGUUCGGUGAGAUUCUUGCACUCUCACUUGCAACUCUGCUGCAUUUUGCAAGAUAUUUUCAGUUUCAGGCUUCAUUUUCCACCCUCUGAUAUCAAACCGAAAAAAAAUCUUGAUAAUAUUAUAGUGGCUAAUAUAAUCAAGAAAAAGUUUUUUGUCAGAACCUAGUUAUUUUAUCAUGAUCAUGUAAAUUCUAUGAAAAUUAUUUUGUUAAUGUAUUUAGUGCUUAAAAAGUGCUUAUUUCUUGUUGAGAGAUUUGGCUACGCACCCUGUUAAAGUAUAAAUUUCCCGAUUAUACAUCAUAGCCUAUACCAAGGAAUAUUUCAAUAGUGAAACUAAUCUGAACACGGUUGAUGUAGUAAGAGAUCAUGUAGUGGAAAUUUUGUUGUUUUCAGUUAUAAUAAAACUUAUUUAAUUAUAAAAAAUUUUAUAAAUUUAUAUAUUUACUUCAGAUAAAUUAUUCUUGAACAUUUGUAACAUUCUCUGAAAUUUGUAUGAGAACUUUAUUUUAUUAUCUUAAGAAGAAUUUUUAUAAGUGAAUGAAAGAGACUAAAUUGGUUUUCUAUUUUUAUGUAACUUUGUAUACUGGGAGAUUUCUGUAUCCUGAUCUGUGGCAGAAUAAUUAGCAACUUCUGGGCAGUGGCCAGCAAGAAACUAAAAAAAAAUCAUCACAGAAAAGGAUAAACUCGAAAGAUAUAACUAGAAGCCACCCCCAGGCUAACAUCUAUAUGUUUUUUUUAAAAAAAUAAAUUUGCAAGUUAAAAAUCUAUUUGGCACCUUGGCGAUUGUAGUUAGCCUGACAGAUCACGAUACGGAAAUACCCCCUUGUAUGCGGGUGAUUUUCAAAUCUGAAACAUUUUUGAAAAUGAAAUCAUUUUAAAAUUAAAAUUGUUUAUUUUGAUGCUUAACUUGAUUUUUGCUAUAUAUUUAACUUGUUUUAAUAGUCAGUUCUGUGGCAGAAUUUUAUCUGACGUUCUAUGAUGAAUCUCCCUAAUGAUCUGUGUGCAAGAUAUUUUUAAUAGAAAUUAACAUAUUUGUAACCAAUUUUUAACGAAAGUGCCUUUUGUUUAUGAAAAAAUGCCUACAUAUAGGAUAAAACUGAAUAUAAUUUUUUUUAAUAGUAAAAGUAGUUUUUCCCCUCAAUAUAUAAAAGAAUGUGAAUUGUAAUAUUAGGGGCAACAUUCUCUUAUUUUAAAGGGGGGAAAACACUAAUUCCUUCCUUUUUCCACAUUUUGAAAAUCAUCAUGACAUUAAUUUUUAAAAAAGACACAUUUUUAAAAAAUGUGAAAUCAGUGGCAGUAUCUGCUGCAAAAAAAAAAAAGGUCGAAGACAAAAUCACAUGGAUUUGCAACAAACUCAUGCAAAUCGGUCUCUUCACAAUAGUAUUACUCAGUGUGUUUCAAGGUUCACAUUGUUAAAAUAAAUAAUAUGUUGCAAUAUCAGAUUUUAACAACUAUAUGGAAAUCAAUAAUAAUUAUGUCCAUUAUAUCAACUGAGAAGAAAAGAAAAAAGAAAAUAUUCAAAUGCAUUAUUCGAAUUCCCUAUAUUGUGUGAAACAUAUAGUGAUUUUCAAAAAUGAUUAGCACCAUAUGGAUUUAUAAUGGGACUGUGUGCUAUAAAGUGGUUAUUUAGAUGCGUGAUUUGAAAUUUUCAUGCUAAAUAUCAUAAUAAAAAUAUUAAAAUAAUAUUAUUACAACCAAAUAAAAAAAGGUAAAAUUGAUAUAAAAAUAUUAUUUAACUCAGAUCUGAAUUUGCAACAAAAUCUCAGUAAAGUCAUAUUUAAUUAAAAUAAAAAAAAACGGUGUUCUUUUUAAAAUGAAAAAAGAUUACAAUUUCUUGAGCGAACAAUCUUUUAAAUGUAUGAUCAUGAUUUCAGAAAUAUUUUCCAGAUCAUAAAUUUCAAAUUCUAGUAUAGCCAUCUCAACUCUUGCAGAUCAGCGCUUAAAAAAAAUCAUUGCUUGAGAACGAGAGGUAAAACUUAAAAAGAAAGGACUUGCUUUUAAUCCUUUCAAGUCUAGUUUUUUUUUUUUUUUUUUCCUUUUCCAAUAAAGAGACAAAUUACGUCAUUAAUCGAUCAAAUAAGGUAAAAAUAGCAAUCUAUCUCUAGCAGCUCAUAUAUGAAACAUACAUCUUCAUUAUGAUGAGCCAGUAUCUUAAUCUUCUGUUAUUGCAACACAAACUAGACAAUAAAAACAUUAAUAUUUAGAUUUAAAGUAAAAAAAGUUUUAAAGCAGGAAAUUUUCUGGGUACUUAAAAGGUUUUUAUCCUACACACAGCCUAGACCGAUUAAUUGGCCAUGCACUGUCUUGCUGUCCGAUAAAGAUGUGAAGAACCAAAAGGGAAAGUAUGCCCAUUGCCAAUAUCUUACAAUUUGGUAAACACAAAGGGGUGUUAUUCAUUCAUGGGACUACCCCUACAUUCAGGGCAUGAGACAAAAGCUGCUAUGCUGUAACCAUGACUUGUCAAUAGGCGAUACCUAUCUUCUAAUUAUAGGGUAAUUACCUAUCUUCUAAUUUAGGAGGAAUGAUAUUUUUAUUUCGUAUAAAAAUAUAAUUCCUAACUUUUUGUGGCUGUAUACAACUAUAAUAAAAUUUUCUUUAAAUUUUUAAUUGUGUCUUGAUUAGUGCUCAAUUUCUCAUGGGGGAGAAGAAAGUUGAGUUGUAGAAAACGCAGAGCUGAUUUGACUAGUGAAUCUGCUUGCUCAUUACCAGGAAUUCCCGCAUUGCUUGGGAUCUGUUAGGUAAUCGUUUUUUCAUUUUAUAGGGACCAUGUAUGGCUGACUGCUUUUCUAAAUUGUCAAAAACAUGAACAUAGGUUCCUAUAACCAAUAGGUUCUAAAUAUAAUAUAGAGAUGCAUUUCAAAAAAAAUAUCAAAAUUUAAUAAUUUAUUUUCAGACAUUUUCUUCCCUUCGGUGGAUCAAUAAAAAGAGUACCAAGCAUGCUUGGGAACUAAACACUGGGAAUUGUGUGUUGGGCUGAUGUCCCAACCAGAACAUUUGCUCUUGCAGAGCCCAAAGGUCAAGAAAACUGAGAUGGGCACCGUAAGCCUUGGCCCUGUAUAGGUUGUAGCUCCACUGAGUUUAAUUUAUAUAGUUUUUGCUGAAAGUAAGAUUUUUCAAUGCAUAUACUCAUUUAUAUAAAUGCAUUUUGAAAAAAUCUAUAUGUCCUGGAAAUUACAGUAAAUAUGUAGUAUUCAGUUUUUAAUCUAACUGUUAGCAGAUAUCUUAAACUACUGGCAGUUUAGCAAAAGAUCAAGAUUGGGAGAAUGUUUCUCCCAAAUACACCAUUUCCUUAUCUAAUAACACAGAAAAACCAGUUUUGCUGUGCAGAGAAGACUGCAGGUUAAAAUAUGACUCUGUGCAGAACCAUCAAUGGGUUAAAGAUGAUUCUUUUAAUUAUCUACUAUGCUUUCAUAAAAGAAAGAAGAAGAAAAAUUUGUAUUAACUGUUUUAAAUGUAAUAAGAAUAAUUAGUAUUUUGUUUAUAUUUCUUGAUCAAUAAAAUUACCUAGAAUAGAA